UCCUUCUCUUUCGUUUAAAUCAACUCCUGCUUUCUGGGCUUCCAUGGCCUUCCUCCUCCGUCUUUUCUUGAUUAUCUCCCUCCUCUUCAUUUAUAUGAUUCAAGCCCAGCAGCCAUAUAUCAGGAAGUUGACUACAAAUUGUGGUGUCAGAAAUGCUUCAACUUCUGUUCUUGGUUACGCCUGUAAUGGUCUUAAUCGCACCUGCCAAGCUUAUCUCACUUUUCGAUCCACACCCCCUUAUAACACCGUUACUUCCAUCUCCAAUCUCCUGAAUGCAAACGCUACUCAACUUUCCCGACUCAACUCCGUUUCCGAAACCGCUGCUUUUGGAACCGGUGAGACGGUGCUUGUGCCCACCAGGUGUUCGUGCGUUGGUCAGUUCUAUCAAGCCAAUGCAACUUAUGUUAUCCAGGCUGGAGACACACCUUUCUUGAUCGCUAACGACACUUACGGAGGCCUUUCAACCUGCCAUGCCAUUCAGGUUCAGAGAAGCAAUCUUACUGUUAAUAUAUAUACUGGUUCAAGAUUGACUGUGCCAUUAAGAUGUGCUUGUCCAACCGAGAAGCAAGCUUCUGCUGGUGUCAGAUAUCUGCUAUCUUACUUGAUCACUUGGGGGCAAACUGUUUCAGGAAUAAGUGCCAAAUUUGGGGUUGAUACUGGGAUGACUCUUUUAGCCAAUCAAUUAUCAGAACAAGAUUAUACCAUUUUCCCCUUUACAACCCUCUUAGUUCCCCUCUCCGACCAACCUUCAAGAUCUCAAACCAUAGCGCCACCACCCCCACCGUCAACAUCACCACCACCACCACCACCAGCAGCCACCUCCUCCAAUGAUCAUAAAUGGGCCUACAUGCUCAUCGGAAUCCUUGGAGGGGUUGUUCUCACAUCUGCCAUUGGCUUCUGUCUUUUCUGGUUUUGCUUUCCUGAGAGGAGAAAGCCUAUGGUUUCUUCUGCUUCUCAAAGCUUUGAAGCGAUUGAAAAACCAGCGGAUAAGAAGUUGGAUGUUGAUGAUGAUGCAGAAUUUAUAGAGAGUUUAAAUAGUAUAGCUCAAUCCCUUAAAGUGUACAAAUUUGAGGAACUUAAGGCAGCCACACAAGAUUUCAGUCCUGAUUGUUUGAUUAAGGGGUCUGUUUACCAAGGUACCAUCAACGGAAACCUUGCUGCCAUCAAGAAAAUGCAUGGCGAUGUGUCUAAGGAGAUUCAAUUACUUAACACUAUUCACCAUCAAAAUCUCGUUCGCCUAUCAGGUGUUUGUUUUGAUGAUGGCCAUUGGUACCUUGUUUAUGAGUUUGCUGUCAACGGACCGUUAAGCGAUUGGAUCUAUCAUGGUGAACUUGGAAGCAACAAAUCCUUGAACUGGAUUCAGAGAAUACAAGUUGCUUUCGAUGUGGCAAAUGGGCUUGAUUAUCUCCACAGCUAUACCACCCCUCCAUACGUCUAUAAGAAUCUAGAGAGCAGCAAUAUCCUUCUUGAUGCUGAUUUCAGAGCCAAGAUUACGAAUUUUGAUCUGGCAAGGUCGGCUGAAGGGCAAGAAGGUCAAUUCGCACUGACCCGACACAUAGUGGGUAAUAGAGGUUAUAUGUCUCCUGAGUAUUUGGAGAACGGUUUGAUUUCCACAAAGCUUGAUGUUUAUGGACUUGGCGUCCUGAUGCUUGAAAUAGUGACAGGGAAACAUGUUUCUGAUCUCUACGAGAAGGUGAAUAAGAAUUUGUCCGAGGUUUUGGAUAAGGUUCUCGAGGAGGAAAACAUAGACAGAAAGGAAAAAUUGACCGAUUUCAUGGACCCUCGUCUUCAAGGGAAUUACUCUCCAGAACUAGCCAUGUCUGUCAUCAGAUUGAUGGAUGGUUGCCUGGAUAAAGAUCCAUCCGCUCGACCAGAUAUGAAUGAGGUUUCACAACGUCUUUCUAGGAUUCUGACUUCGCCGGCUGGAGAAGUAUCAGUAACCAUCUCAGUUAAGGGGAGAUGAUUUUGUAGAAUGAUUUAUGGUGUGUUUUAUCAUCUCGGAGGCUCAGGAGGUGACACUGCAGCUAGUUAAUUGAUAAGGAAUGAAGUGUCUGUUUGUAAACUUAACCAUCAAGAUCUUAAGAAUCCAUUUUUAUGGUGUAGACAGUAGAGCUGUAAUAUUUAUUGAAUAAAAGCUUCUUCUAUGUUAUGUUAUGCUUCCAUCUGUUUGUGGCCUUUAGAAAUGUAGGGAUCUCAAUGGAUAUGUAAACAGACCAAAAGUAAAUAAAUUCAA